GCUGUUUGCAUUUCCGGCCAAUCCUAAAUGUCUCUGCUGUGCCGUGUGACCGGAAGAGGCGGGAGUUCGGGACCGGCGCCUUCUACUUGCUCCUGGGGUCGUGGCCUUGCUGCUGCUGCCCUGGGAAGGAGUCCCGGUACCAGCUCGCGCGGGAGUGUGCGGGGCCUGGAGUGCUCGUGGGUCCGCGCCGGGCCUGUCUGGGCAGGAGCAGCAGCCAUGGGCGGCACCGCCAGCACGCGCCGGGUCACCUUCGAGGCGGACGAGAACGAGAACAUCACGGUGGUGAAGGGCAUCCGGCUUUCGGAAAAUGUGAUUGAUCGAAUGAAGGAAUCCUCUCCAUCUGGUUCGAAGUCCCAGCGGUAUUCUGGUGUUUAUGGUGCCCCAGUUUCUGAUGAAGAAUUGAAAAGAAGAGUAGCUGAGGAGCUGGCAUUGGAGCAAGCCAAGAAAGAAUCUGAAAACCAGCAACGACUAAAGCAAGCCAAAGAAUUGGACCGAGAGAGGGCUGCUGCCAGCGAGCAGUUAACCCGGGCCAUCCUUCGGGAGAGGAUAUCGAAUGAGGAGGAGCGCUCGAAGGCAAAGCACUUGGUAAAGGUGAAGGUGCUCUGGUUAAGCCUGCCCCGACUGCUCAGCCCCCACUUCAGGCUUCCUGGAGUUCCAGAUAUAACUUCUCAGAACCUUUAGUCCUCCUUGGCGCACAGGUGGGAACUCUCUGGACAGGGAAAAUGGGACCAUGUAGUGGAAAACUCUGAUCGCAAGAGCAAGGGGGUGGUUCCUAGUUCAGCAAGCAGUUGGGAAUUGUUAAAACUU